AUGCCUCCAAAGUUUGACCCAAAUGAAGUUAAGUUCUUGUACUUGAGAGCUGUCGGUGGUGAAGUCGGUGCUUCUGCUGCCUUAGCUCCAAAGAUUGGUCCUUUGGGUUUGUCCCCAAAGAAGGUUGGUGAAGAUAUCGCCAAGGCCACCAAGGAUUUCAAAGGUAUCAAAGUUACUGUUCAAUUGAAAAUCCAAAACAGACAGGCUACUGCUUCUGUUGUUCCAGCUGCUUCCUCUUUGGUCAUUACUGCUUUGAAAGAAGCACCAAGAGACAGAAAGAAGGACAAGAACGUCAAGCACAGUGGUAACAUCCAAUUGGAUGACAUCAUUGAGAUUGCCAGACAAAUGAGAGAAAAGUCAUUCGGUAAAAACCUGGCUUCUGUCACAAAGGAAAUCUUGGGAACUGCUCAGUCCGUUGGCUGCCGUGUCGACUUCAAAAACCCUCACGAUAUCAUUGACGCCAUCAACGCUGGUGAAGUUGAAAUUCCUGAAAAAUAA